UUUUUUGGAGCUUCGGGUCUUCAGUCUCGAAUUUCUCCCUUUCUUCGGCUUCCCAAGACUCUUUCGUAGAGCUUGAUAUUGAUACCCUUUCAUACCUUCUUUGCCCCAAUAUCUCUACCUAUACACACAUAUCAACAUGCAGCGCGCAUUGACAAGUCGGGCAAGGGCUUCCGUCCUUUCCCCUUCCUCCGCAGCUUCGAAGUUCCGUCCUAGCACUGGCAUCUCCCAGCAACUCCGGUUUGCUCACAAGGACCUCAAAUUCGGUGUCGAGGCUCGCGCAUCCCUGCUUGCUGGUGUCGACACUCUUGCAAAGGCUGUAGCAACAACACUCGGUCCCAAGGGCCGGAAUGUCCUGAUUGAGUCCAGCUUUGGCUCACCCAAGAUCACCAAAGAUGGUGUUACCGUUGCGAGGGCCAUCAGCCUGAAGGAUAAGUUCGAGAACCUCGGUGCCAAGCUGCUGCAAGAUGUUGCCUCGAAGACGAACGAGACCGCUGGUGACGGCACCACCACCGCCACCGUCCUGGCCCGAGCCAUCUUCUCCGAGACCGUCAAGAACGUGGCCGCCGGCUGCAACCCGAUGGAUCUCCGCCGAGGCAUCCAGGCCGCCGUCGACUCCGUCGUCGAGUAUCUCCAAAAGCACAAGCGGGACAUCACCACCAGCGCCGAGAUCGCUCAGGUUGCCACCAUCAGCGCCAACGGCGAUAGCCACAUUGGCGAGCUCAUUGCCAAUGCCAUGGAGAAGGUUGGCAAGGAGGGUGUCAUCACCGUCAAGGAGGGCAAGACCCUGCAGGAUGAGCUGGAGAUCACAGAGGGUAUGCGAUUCGACCGUGGUUUCGUCUCGCCCUACUUCAUCACCGAUUCCAAGGCCCAGAAGGUUGAAUUCGAGAAGCCCCUGAUUCUUCUUUCCGAGAAGAAGAUCUCUGCGGUCCAAGACAUCAUCCCGGCUCUUGAAAUCUCCACCCAGCUUCGACGACCCCUUGUUAUCAUCGCCGAGGACAUUGAGGGAGAGGCCCUGGCUGUCUGCAUCCUCAACAAAUUGCGAGGUCAGCUCCAGGUCGCUGCCGUCAAGGCUCCUGGCUUUGGUGACAACCGGAAGUCGAUCCUCGGAGACAUUGCCAUUCUCACCAAUGGCACUGUCUUCAGCGAUGAGCUGGAUGUCAAGCUGGAGAAGGCUACGGUUGACAUGCUGGGCUCAACUGGCUCCAUCACCAUCACCAAGGAGGACACCAUCGUCCUGAACGGCGAUGGCACCAAGGACUCUAUUGCCCAGCGCUGCGAGCAAAUCCGGGGUGUCAUGGCUGACCCCACUACCUCGGAAUACGAGAAGGAGAAGCUCCAGGAGCGGUUGGCCAAGCUGUCCGGCGGCGUUGCUGUCAUCAAGGUCGGCGGCUCGUCCGAGGUCGAGGUCGGUGAGAAGAAGGACCGGUUUGUCGACGCGCUGAAUGCCACGCGUGCUGCUGUUGAGGAGGGUAUCCUCCCGGGUGGUGGUACCGCCCUCCUCAAGGCCUCUAGCCAGGCGCUGAAGGACCUCAAGCCUGCCAACUUCGACCAGCAGCUCGGUGUCAGCAUCGUCAAGAACGCUAUUACCCGGCCUGCCCGGACAAUCGUUGAGAACGCCGGUCUCGAGGGCUCCGUCGUCGUUGGCAAGCUCAUCGACGAGCAUGGCGCCAACUUCAAUAUGGGCUUUGACAGCUCCAAGGGAGAGUACGUUGACAUGAUCCAAGCCGGUAUCCUCGACCCCCUCAAGGUUGUCCGGACGGGGUUGAUUGACGCCAGCGGUGUGGCCUCGCUCCUCGGCACCACCGAGGUGGCCAUCGUCGAGGCCCCUGAGGAGAAGGGACCUGGUGGCGGCAUGGGUAUGGGUGGCAUGGGAGGCAUGGGAGGCAUGGGCGGCAUGGGUGGCAUGAUGUAAAACACUCCUGAUCGGCCCUCUCCUUGUUAUUUUUGUACGCUGUGCUAGGGACAUUUGGCCUCGGUGUUUAGGGGGAUGGGUUCAAUGUGCCUGUAUAAUCUCUCCUCUCUUCCCUCACUGUGUUCAUACCCUACAUGUUCCCCAAAGGCAUAUCACCCCAUGGCUUGGCCUGGAUUUGUAUAUUAAUAUACCAAGACCAAAAUGUGUUCGAGUAGAGAAGAAUGAGAACUGGUGUAUUCUGGUUUAAACAUGCACCUGCUGGACGACGCUUUAAGGUUCCCUAGAUUAGAUGGGUGCGUUGGAUCUCGUAUUCCGACCAGUCGAGACUCCCCCCUUCACUCGUGUCAGCCUAUGAAGUAGCUCUAGGCAUCAUCAUUAGGUCUGGUUGGGAUCGGGCUUGAUAAGG